AUGGCGGAUUCGGCAAGGUCGUUCGGAGGCCUGUUCAACUCCUUCGGAGGCAUGAGAAAUAUGCAGGGUAUGGGCCCGGUCGCAGACACAUCGGAGCAAGUAUACAUCUCCUCAUUGGCCUUGCUAAAAAUGUUGAGACACGGAAGGGCGGGAGUACCGAUGGAAGUCAUGGGUCUGAUGCUAGGAGACUUUAUAGACGAUUAUACAAUUAGAGUUGUGGACGUAUUCUCAAUGCCGCAGUCAGGAAACAGCGUGAGCGUUGAGGCAGUGGACCCAGUAUACCAAACGGAAAUGAAAGAUAUGCUGAAGAGAACAGGAAGACCGGAAGUCGUGGUAGGAUGGUACCACUCACACCCAGGGUUCGGAUGUUGGUUUUCAGGAACCGACGUUAACACGCAGCAGAGCUUUGAACAGUUAAACCCUAGAGCAGUAGGAGUAGUGAUUGAUCCAAUACAGUCAGUGAAGGGGAAGGUGGUGAUAGACUGCUUCAGGCUAAUAAGCCCGCACGUUAUAAUGCUAGGACAUGAACCGAGGCAAACAACGAGUAAUAUCGGACACCUACAGAAGCCAACAAUAAUAGCACUGGUGCACGGGCUUAACAGGAAUUACUACAGUAUCGUAAUCAACUACAGAAAAACGCCACUGGAAAGCCAAAUGUUACUGAACUUUAGGAAAAACAGAUGGACAAAAGACCUGGAAAUACAGGACUUCAUGGAGAGCCAGAAGGAAAACAGCGACCUAGUGACCGAGAUAAGAGACCUGUGCGAAAAGUAUAACCAGACGAUAAAAAAGGAAAUGAGCUGCACACCAGAAGAGCUAGUGGUGGCAAACGUAGGAAAGCUGGACGCAAAAAGACAUAUAGAAAACAGCGUGUCAACACUGCUGGCAAACAACACACUCAACUCGUUCAGCACAAUGCUAGCAAUAGAAAUGCUAUAA